AUGUAUAUCGCCCCUGCGCUGGUCGCCAGUGCUUUGGCUCUCCCGGCCUCAGCGUUCCUUGUCCCCCUGGAGGUCUCCAAUGCAGCAGAACAAGCCAAAGCUGAGCUGGGGGCUCUCUUAGCCCGUCCGGCGCGCACUGUUGACCUCGAUUGUCCUGGAUGUCCCUUCUUCGGCGCCGAAGACACCACCGAACCCCAAUAUGGUGUCGAGAACAAAAUACAUCUGGAGUUCGAUUUCGACCCUCAGCAGGGCUUGACCAUCAAUAGUCUUCCGAUACUCCCUUCCGAUUCCUCCAACGCCGCCGUCCCAUAUAUCAUCUCCGCUCCCCAAAUCAGAGAAGAAGAUGGUCAACAGACGGACCCGGUUCGACUCGACUUCGCCUGGGAACGACUCCUCCCGGUGACAUCGGCCGACGAACGGGAUACCUAUAUCCUUCCUAUUCGAUUCACCAUUCUCGGCUUACAGGGCCACCCUGUGAAAGUCGACACCAUUGCCAUCGACCUCCUCCAAACCCCCGAGCAGACCUCCAUCGUGAAGAUUAGUAGUAUCCCAUUUGAAGACACUCCCGGUGCGGAGACCUGCGAUACAUCCUCCAAAUGGUCUCUCUGCCGCCUGAGAGCCAUUAUCGCGGCCCGUCUCCAAGCCAUCAUGGAGGCGGCCAAGGCACGUGCCCGAGCCGCCCAGGGCUGGAUGAAAAAGGGUAAGGGCUGUGGUGGCCGGAAAUUCGGAGCCCACGGCAUGCACCACGGUCACGGCCAUGGACAUCACAUGGGCGGUCAUCAUCACCGUGCCCAUCGUCUCGGACGCAUGGUUCACCAAACCCUGCGCUUCUUUGUCAUCCCUGCUCUCCUCGGUGUCAUUGGUGGUCUCAUGGCCAGUGCCGUUGGCAUGCUCGUGGGCCAGCUGAUCUCUUAUCUCUGGAUCCGAUUCCACCGCAACGGUCCACGCGGAACCCGGAACAUCCGCGUUGUCGAACUGGUCGUCGACGAAGAAGAAAAGGACGGGCUCAUUGUGGACGACCGUGAUCUUCCCGCUCCGCCACAAUACGAGGACGUGGAAGCAACAGCCGUUGAGGAAGAAAAACAUUAA